AUGACUUCACGACGCGGCAUCGCGCUGGCCGCCAUCGGGCUUGGAGUCGCAGCCGUAUCAAUUCAGUUCACCACGUCGAAGCACGUCCAUGUAUCUCAUGUGCUGCUCCAGAUCCUGGCUGUCCUCAUGGCCACCGCACCUGUGAUUCGCCAUUUUGCUGUCUCUCGCCACAGGGCGCGCACGACCAUUGACUGGAAAAGAGCAGCUCGUCAGCGCGUCGGCGACGAGUACUAUCUGUUUGUUCUUGGCUCAGGCGGCCAUACCAAGGAGAUGCUCAUGAUGAUGGACGACGGACAAGCCAGCUUUGCCGGAAUCCACAGACGGUACAUGGUCUCCCGUGGCGAUGACAUGUCACUGCAUCACUUGGAAGAGUUCGAGAGUCGCAUAGGGCUCGAGUACGACGCUGCAGAGACGGGCACAUACGAUGUUCGCACCGUGACCAGAGCACGCAGGGUACACCAGCCUCUUAUCACAACCCCCUUCUCUGCAUUGCUGAGCCUGUGCAAUAUCAUCUUUGGAGUCUUGCUUUCGUCGCCGUCAGCAGGAACGCAGAGAUACCCGACAAUCAUCUUUUCAAACGGCCCGGCAAAUGGCCUCUUUGUGGCUCUGGCGGUCCAUCUCCUGAAGAUGGCACACGUCAUUCCCGAGGGCAAAUGCGCCUUUGUGUACAUCGAGUCGUGGGCGAGGAUAUCAACGCUCAGUUUGACGGGGAAGCUGUUGCAUUAUACAGGAAUGGCCGAUGGAUUCGCGGUGCAACACCAGCCGGUCGCGCUGCGCUAUGGGGUGACCAACGUCGGUCCUUUGGUGUUCAACUGCCGCCGCGAAGUGUAA